UGCCCCUUGUUGAGCUUUUCUAAAAUAAAGGUUAUCAGAAAUGGCGGACGAAUGUGUUGACAAGUGGAUAGAAAUUGCAAAAGAAUGCAAAUAUCUUCCGGAAAAUGAUCUAAAGAAACUAUGUGAACUAGUAUGUGAACUUUUACUGGAAGAAUCCAAUGUACAGCCAGUGUCAACACCAGUUAUUGUAUGUGGAGAUAUUCAUGGACAGUUUUAUGAUUUAAUGGCCCUUUUCCGUACUGGUGGUGAAAUGCCAGAUAAACAUUAUGUAUUUAUGGGAGAUUUUGUGGACCGAGGAUACUACAGUCUGGAGACAUUCACAUUGUUAUUAACUUUAAAAGCCAAGUGGCCUGAUAAAAUUGUUUUACUCAGGGGAAACCAUGAAAGUAGACAAAUUACACAAAUCUAUGGAUUUUAUGAUGAGUGUCAAACAAAAUAUGGCAAUGCCAAUGCAUGGCGAUAUUGUUGUAAAGUCUUUGAUCUUCUGACAAUUGCUGCUAUUAUUGAUGAAUGUAUCUUGUGUGUACAUGGAGGAUUAUCUCCUGAUAUCAAAACCAUUGAUCAGAUCCGGACAAUUGACAGAAAUCAAGAAAUUCCACACAAGGGAGCCUUUUGUGAUCUUGUUUGGUCUGAUCCUGAAGAUGUGGAAAGUUGGACAAUUAGUCCACGUGGUGCUGGUUGGUUAUUUGGAGCAAUGGUUACUAACGAGUUUGUUCAUAUCAAUAAUUUAAAAUUAAUAUGUCGGGCUCAUCAAUUAGUACAUGAAGGUUACCGGUACAUGUUUGAUGAGAAAUUGGUGACUGUCUGGUCUGCUCCAAAUUAUUGCUACCGAUGUGGCAAUGUGGCGGCAGUGCUAUCAUUUACAGACUGCAAUAACAAGGAAGCCAUGUUGUUUGAUGCUGUCCCAGACAACGAGAGAGUCAUCCCUACUCGAUCAACUACCCCCUAUUUUCUCUGACAAAUUUUUCAUGAAUGUGUAAAUAAAUGUAUACUUCCUCACUUUCCCCAUUGAUCUUUAAUCAGGUGAUGAGGAUGAUGAAGAUGAUGAUGAUAUAUUUGAAAUUUUAAAAAAAAUGGAAAGACACCCAUUCCUCACAAUUUUUUUUUUUUUUUAGUGAAAAA